GGCAAGGCGGUGCGCGCGCGCGCGGCUGCAAGGUGCCGCCCGUCUUGGGCCCCGUGGGCUUCCUGUGGGCCCUUCGCCGGGCGCCCCCGAGCGCCCCCGGACUCUGUGCGCCACGGAUUCCCCCGCGGUAAUGUUGCCCGGCGGGCGGGCUCGCCGGGCUCUUACUUUCGGUUGCCGCCGCUGGCCCUCUUGGUCGGCCGGGCCCGCCGCCGCGGCCGCCCGGGCCGAGUGUUCUGGCUGAGCCUAGGCAUCAGGGCACAAGGCUCCGCGGGGGCCGGGGUCUUGCAUCCGGGCGAGGGACUUCGGGCCCGCCCAGCCUCAUCGACGUGCGCGCCGGCCGGACCACCUAGAGUGACUGAUAGAUCAUUCAUUGACGCCUCUUUUCUGCCGGCUGCGAAGCAUUGUGUAUGCGGAUUGCCGCCCCGCCCUUUGUUGUUUCCAUCAAGUUACGUGAGAAGGCACGGAUCCAUGGAUAUCGGCCGAGGCGCUAAAGGUACAGAACAAAUGUUCAUGUGUUCACAUGUGCGGGUUGAGAAAGCAAAGAAGCUAUGAGCGCACCCAACUUUGCAACACCCGUGCGCGGAUGCGAUCAUUAACCUCUGUGCCAGGCAGAAGAGUGAUCGUCAUCAUCUCCACCAUGAAGUGGUGAAACAUGAAUCAUGGUUCUCACCGCUUUUCUCUUCUUCGCUUGCGAAGCGUGUUACGCCGGACGGGUCGGGGCUGGCGAAUGGGAGGAUCUCACAAGUGAGCAGAAGAGAAAAAUCCACAUUGUCAAGUGGACAGUGAUAGCGCUGCUAUUUGUCUUCUGGGCUGUCUUGCUAGCACUACACAUAGAGGACGACACAUUUCUGAAAUGGCUCUCAUUAGCCAUGCUGGUCGACUCUGCUGUGAAUUUGGUCCUGCAGCUUUACGUGCUACGGAAAGACCAGAUACGGAGGAGAGCGAGUUUAUGACGAGGCUCGUGUAUAAUUGAUGUCGGCGGCGAAGUUUGGACAGAGC